AUGGCCAAUUUAUCCAUCGGAUUCGAGCCUUCCGUUUGCAGUAUGGAUCCCCACCACCACCACCGCUCGCCGGAAUACAACUCCCUCCUCCUCGCCGGCCCGCGCCUGGGCCCUCUGAAGCAAGCCCACGCGCGCCUCGUCGUCUCCGGCCACGCCCGCUCCUUGCCGCUCACCACCAAGCUAGCCACGCUGGCGGUCGCGGCGGGCGCCGCCUCCUACGCCGGCCUCCUCGCCGCCUCCCACCCGGCGCCCGACUCCUUCCUCUUCUGCUCCCUCACGCGCGCCGCCGCGCGCCGCGGCCUCCCCGCCGCCGCCCUCGCCUUCUACCGCUGCCUCCUCGCCGCCGCGCUCCCUUUCUCCAGCUUCGCCUUCACCGCCGCCGCCAAGGCCUGCGCGGACCUGUCCGCGCUCCGCGCCGGCAUGGGCGUGCACGCCCACGCCGUCCUCCUCGGGUUCGGCUCCGACCGGUUCGUGCAGACGGCGCUCGUCGUGCUCUACUCCAAGUGCGGCAAGCUGGACGUUGCGCGCAAGCUGUUCGACGGGAUUCGUGACAGGAGCGUGGUCGCUUGGAACGCGAUGAUUUCAGGGUACGAGCAGAACGGGCUUGCGGGCUGGGCGAUUGAGGUGUAUAGGGAGAUGCAGGUGGCCGGGGAGGCUCCUGAUUCCGCGACGUUUGUGGCCACGCUCUCUGCCUGUGCGCAGGCUGGCGCUUUGGACUUGGGGCGUGAAGUGGAGAGACUCAUUGUUUCUGAAAGGAUGGAGAUGAAUGUGGUUCUUGGUGCUGCGCUUGUGAACAUGUACGCCAGGUGUGGGCUUGUGAACAAGGCUCGUGAGUGGUUCGACGUGCUCCAGGAACGCAAUGUGGUUACGUGGACCUCCAUGAUCGCAGGAUACGGCAUGCACGGACAUGGCGGUGAGGCAGUCAAGCUAUUCGAUUUGAUGAGACAGCAAGGGCCACUACCCAAUGAUGUCACUUUUGUUGCUGUCCUAUCUGCGUGCGCGCAUGCGGGAUUGGUCAGUGAAGGUCGAGAUGCUUUUGCUUCUAUGAAGAGUGUCUACGGAUUGGUCCCUCGUGCUGAGCACUAUUGCUCUAUGGUUGAUAUGUAUGGAAGGGCGGGACUUCUUGACGACGCGAUGCAGUUUAUACACCACUCUAUACCCGGAGAGCCUGGGCCUGAAGUUUGGACAGCUAUGCUUGGUGCAUGCAAGAUGCACAAGAAUUUCAGUCUUGGAGUGGAGGUUGCUCAGCGACUGAUUGCCAUCGAGCCUGAGAAUCCAUCCCACCAUGUGCUGCUUUCUAAUAUAUACGCUCUAUCUGGUAAAAUGAACCAUGUCGAGAAGGUGAGGAAUACAAUGAUCAAGAGAAGAUUGAAGAAGCCAAUAGGAUAUAGCUUGAUUGAGAUUGCUGGUGUUGCUCAUUUGUUUCGCAUGGGUGAGAAGUCUCACCCCAAAACUCCAGAGAUUUAUCAAUAUCUGGAGAAACUGAUCCAUAGGAUUACUGAUGCUGGUUAUGCGCCUGAAACUGACUCGGUGCUGCAUGAGUUGGAAGAAGAGGAAAGGGAGUUUGCAUUAAGAUACCAUGGUGAAAAACUGGCCGUAGCCUUUGGACUCAUGAUGACCUCUGGGUGCACCGCUCCAAUCAGGAUAAUAAAAAACCUGCGUAUAUGUGGGGAUUGUCAUCUAGCUAUCAAAUAUAUGUCAGCCGUGGAGAAUCGAGAGAUAAUUGUUAGAGAUAUGCACCGGUUUCACCAUUUCAAAGCUGGAAAGUGUUCCUGUCAGGAAUAUUGGUGA